UUCUGCUGCUCACGCCUCCUUCAAUGCACGCUAGCACUCUGGCUCUUCACGAUGGGCCCAAGCGCGCGGGGGCGGAGGGGAAGAAACUAACGCUUGAUGCCUUUUUUUUUCAUGAUGAGUUUGACUGUUGAGUUGCUUCCCAACUCAUCAUCUGCUUCCACCUGGUCUUGAACACAGCGCUGCUGGUGGUCGCGGCGGCGUACCACUUCCAUGCGGUCGGCAUCCUCCAAGAGCAGAAUGCCGAGCUCCAGAGUCGCCUUCGAGCACCGAGUCAGGCGAGUGGUCCGCGUGGAACGGCUGCAUCGGAUGCCGCAUCACAGGCAAAGCCAACGCCGAUAAUGCCUGCCGCUGAAAGCAGGGCCGACUCGGCACAAGCCGUCUACGUCAAAAUGCAGGCGGCCAUGAUGAAAACAAUCGCUCAAGAGGGGUCCUCGGUCUGGUGCACCGGCGACACGCUGACUACACGCAUCUGCCACUUUAACAACCUGUGCUACUCGAUGAACACUAGCUCGUAUAUUUUCACGCAUGGAAAGUCGAGCACGAUGGUGGGAAUUCCUGCGAGUCGAAACCGCCCGGCCUUUCUCGAACUGUCCUCCGUCCAAGACCUGAACAUCAUGUACAUGGACAUGGCCGAUGUAACUUCGUCGUUCUUCUCGGAUCCAUCCAUCCAAGCCGACACGCUCGUGGUGGAAGGACUCUCGUUUAUUCAAAAGCGCUUUCAUGGUGACAACAUUAUGCACGUUCUUCACGACGACUUGAUGCCUUUAUACUACACGAUGAGACAAUUCUCCUAUCCGGCCAAUGCCGGGGGAGGCAUGACCGAGCAAGCUCGCGGCAAUCACCAAACCAGCGAAGGCCUGCCUGCAGACACGUCCACGCACAUCAAUCUGGACAGUCGCAUUGCAUUCAUGGAUGAUUAUUCUCCAGGUCCGCACUAUGACCUCUUCCGCGCGUUCUCUCGUCAUCCACCGAUCGUCAAAGAGCAACUUAUGGGGCUGGCCUCGUACGUGUGUUUCCAAGAUGCGGUUGUUGGAGUGAACAAGAUGACCACCUGGUACCAGUAUGGCUAUGAUGUGCCACAAGGCCCGAUUCCUGGAAAACAAGUUUCCGGAUGGCACGUUCGGCAAUUCACCGAAUUUAUGCGGAGCCGGCUCCGCGCCAUCCAUCCCGAGUAUGCGCUGAAUGAAGAGAGCAUUGUGGGAAAUGCGCUUGCGGCGUCUGCGGCUGAGAAUGGUGCGUCCCAGAAUCAUCGACCAGUGACGCUGUUCUCCACUCCGCGCCCCACACCUCGUGCUCGGCAAGUUGCUCGUCCGGCCCGAACGCCGGUGCGAUCGCCUGCAAACGGCGCAAACAGGCACAACGACGAUAAGGGCCCCAUCAUCCUCAAAAAUGGCCGGAGUCUGGACGAAGAAGAUCGCCGAGCAAACCCUGAUGCGAACGUUCCUCCUGCUGCCGUCACCUUUAGCGAGACGCAGCACGUUCCAUUGCCCAGCGAUAUUAUCGUGCUGUUCACUCGACAGCGCAACCGCAUCCUCAUCAAUCAACAAGAAUUCAUCGACGCGCUCCAGCGCGAGUUCAAGAUGCCCGUGAUUGCCAUGGGCAUGGAAACGCACAACUUUGCGCAGCAGGUCAUGCUGCUCAAGCGUGCCAAGAUUGCCAUUGGGCUGCAUGGCUCUAUGCUCAUCAUGGCUGCCUUCAUGCCUGUGCAAUCCAUUCUGAUUGAACUCUUUCCGUACGCCGUGCCGUCCGAAAAUUACACUCCGUACAAGACCUUGGUUUCCUUCCCCGACAUGCACAUGGUAUAUCGCGCAUGGGAGAACAAACACAAAGAUGGCACGAUCGCCCACCCAGAGUAUUCAACAGCACUGGGAGGCAUUCUCCAUUUGGAUACAGAGAUGCAGGCCCAUCUCCAAGCCCAAACAACCGUUCCGGCACAUUUGUGCUGCACUGACCCCAGCUGGCUCUUCCACAUUUAUCAAGACACUCGCGUCCACAUUGGUGAGGUGACGGCGCUCAUUCGAGACGCCUUGCACGAGCUGCACACUCGCGAGACCGGUGUUCUAGUCAAUGGCUACCAGUUCUUCUCCACGCAGAUGGAAAAUGGACGCUGCACCAAAGCGACCACAACAUCCAUCACGGUCGAAUGGGACAGUCCUUGGAACUCACAGAUGCUGAUCGAUUACCAUGAACAAACCCAACGCAACGCAAACCCGUCGUCCAAGCAGGCACCUCGCUCGCCCGUCCGUAUUGACAGUCAGGUCUUUGUUGAAGGCAGUCCAGCAAUUUACCAAACGCACGGCAAUGAGAUGGUGAUAGCCACACUCACCCCUGGCACCGAGUAUUCUGUUUACCUGCGACCCAUCGUGGUGCUGCCUCAAGCAAACCUGGAAGGCCGCUUUGGUUCUCGCAUUUCGUGCAAAACGCUGCCACUUCCAAAGCCACCGCCGCGUGUCUUGUUGCCACCACCACCCGCCGAGCAAUCAUCCCCUUAAUUCUAAACCCUAACUCCCCAGCCUCCCUACUUUUGACAUUGAUAGGGGGGUUUGGUCACUUGUGCACUCAACUUGAACAAGGUGCAAAUAAAAAAAUAAUAAUUGAA